ACUUUACUUUCUCUCUCAACUCUCAAUUCACUCUUACUCUGUUUUUUCACGUUCUUUCAAACAACAAACCUUUAAUCUAGAACAACUUUAAUCUAGAACAACAAUGAGUUUUAUAAGAAAACUCAUCGUAGAAGUCGUUAAUGCUAAGAACUUGAUGCCAAAGGAUGGUCAAGGCACGGCAAGUGCAUAUGCGAUCGUUGAUUUUGAUGGGGAAAGAAAGAGAACCACAACAAAACUAAGAGAUCUCAAUCCGGAAUGGAACGAAAAACUCGAAUUCUUACUUCUUAACAAAGAAUCCAUGGUUUCAGAAAUGCUUGAAGUCAAUCUUUACAAUGAUAAGAAAUCUGGAAAGAGAAACACCUUUCUAGGAAAAGUGAAAAUAUCUGGAAGUACCGUUGUAAAGUCAGGUGAGGAAGUCGUUGUUUACUAUCCGUUGGAGAAGAGGAGCGUUUUCUCUCAGAUUAGAGGUGAACUUGGACUCAAAGUUUGUUACGUUGACUUGGCUGUAACGGUUACUGAAACAGCCGGUGAUGGUGAUGAGAAGAAAGAAGACAAGGCUGAAGAGAAGUUGCUGGAAACCGGUCAAGACGGUGACAAAAAAGAAGAAAAUGUUAAAGAAGAGGAAAAGAAAGAACAAGAAAAGGAACCUAAAGAAGAGGAAAAUCAAAAGCCAACAGAGGAAACUCCGGCAACGGGACCGUCACCGGCACCGACACCUGAGGUUGAGAAUCCACCAAUUGCUGAAACGGAGAAGGUAAAAUUGAAGGAAAACCAAUUUGAAAUUAUACAGAAAAGUGCUAAUCUGAAUGUGAGCAAUCACGAUCUUCGAUCUUUAAGCAAUGAUCGAAGCAGAAGCGCGUACGAUCUCGUGGAUAUGAUGCAGUUUGUCUAUGUUCGUGUGGUGAAGGCGAAGAUAGCCAAAUCUGGAAAUCUUUCAACAGUGUUUUCAAAGCUUGUGAUAGGAACACACAGUGUGAAAACAAAGAACGAGAAAGAAGGUAAAGAUUGGGAUCAAGUUUUUGCCUUUGAUAAAGAAGGACUCAAUUCAACGUCUUUAGAGGUUUCCGUUUGGUCUGAAGAGAAUAAAGAAGGUGGACAGAAAACGGAGUUGUGUCUUGGAACGGUGUCGUUUGAUUUGCAAGAAGUACCGAAGAGAGUUCCACCGGAUAGUCCUCUUGCUCCGCAAUGGUAUACUUUGGAAUCGGAAACAUCGCCGGGAAAUGACGUCAUGGUUGCUGUUUGGAUCGGAACUCAGGCCGACGAAACUUUUCAAGAGUCUUGGCAGUCUGAUUCCGGAGGUUUGAUCCCGGAGACGAGAUCGAAAGUGUAUCUUUCUCCAAAGCUUUGGUAUUUGAGACUAACGGUUAUCCAAACCCAAGAUUUACAGAUAGGUUCGUGUUCCGAAGCUAGGUGUCCUGAACUUUAUGUUAAAGCUCAGCUCGGCUUACAGACUUUUAGAACCGGAAGAAGUGUCUUACUUGGUUCGGCUAACCCAACAUGGAACGAAGAUCUUGUAUUUGUAGUUUCUGAGCCAUUUGAGCCGAUUUUAGUUCUGACAGUGGAAGAUGCGUCAAACUCAAAAUCAAUAGGCAAAACAAAAAUCCACGUAUCGUCCAUUGAACGAAGACUCGAUGAUCGAACGGAAGCAAAGUCAAGAUGGUUCAACCUUUCUACCGAAGAAAAAAACGGGGCCGAUUCAUCUUCUUCUUACACGGGUAGAAUGCAUGUUCGCGUUUGUUUAGAAGGUGGGUAUCACGUGAUAGACGAAGCAGCUCACGUGACUAGUGACGUACGCGCCUCAGCAAAGCAAUUAACAAAACCACCGAUCGGUUUACUCGAAGUUGGAAUUCGCGGCGCAACGAAUCUUCUUCCUGUGAAAACAAAAGACGGUACACGUGGCACUACCGAUGCUUAUGUGGUUGCUAAAUAUGGACCUAAAUGGAUUCGAACCCGGACCAUUGUUGACCGGUUUAACCCAAGAUGGAAUGAACAAUACACAUGGGAUGUUUAUGAUCCUUGCACGGUGUUAACGAUUGGAGUAUUCGAUAAUGGAAGAUAUGGUAAUAACAAUCAUAGAGAUGUAAGAAUAGGGAAAAUUCGUGUGCGGUUGUCUACACUGGAGACUAACCGUGUUUAUGUUAAUUCCUAUUCAUUGAUUGUUUUACUACCAGGUGGCGCGAAGAGAAUGGGUGAGAUAGAAAUUGCUGUGAGAUUUUCAUGUUCUUCAUGGUUGAGUUUAAUGCAAGCCUACACAAGUCCAAUACUACCAAGAAUGCAUUAUGUUCGUCCAUUUGGCCCAGCCCAACAAGAUGUUUUAAGACAAACUGCUAUGAAGAUAGUAACGGCUCGGUUAGCCCGGUCUGAACCACCUUUGGGUCAUGAAGUGGUUCAAUUCAUGCUUGACUCGGAUACUCACAUGUGGAGCAUGAGGAGAAGUAAGGCGAAUUGGUUUCGACUAAUGGGUUUUUUGUCACGUGCCACAUCGGUUUUUCGUUGGUUAGAUGGGAUUAGCACGUGGAUACAUCCACCCACAACGGUUUUAGUUCAUGCCCUUCUUAUAGCGAUUGUGUUUUGUCCUUACUUGAUACUUCCAACUAUUUUCAUGUAUUCUUUUCUGAUUUUACUAUUGAGGUUUAGAAACAGACCGAGGGUCCCCCAGAAUAUGGAUCCCAGAAUGUCUUACGUGGACAUGGUGAACCUCGAUGAACUUGAUGAAGAGUUUGAUGGGUUUCCAACUACAAGAUCUAGUGAGGUGGUUAGGAUGAGGUACGAUAGGGUGCGUGCGCUUGCGGGGAGGGCUCAAACUUUACUUGGUGAUGUGGCAACACAGGGAGAGAGAUUGGAAGCUUUGUUUAGUUGGAGAGACCCACGUGCUACUGGAAUAUUUGCGUUGAUGUGUUUGGUUGCGUCGUUGGUGUUUUAUGCAAUGCCGUUUAGAGUGUUUGUGCUUUUCGGCGGAUUUUAUUAUAUGCGACACCCGAAGUUCCGCAACGACAUGCCGUCUAUUUCGGCUAACUUUUAUCGUAGACUGCCGUCGUUUUCUGAUCAGAUUAUGUAGUGAAUAUUAGUUUUUAUAAUUAGUUCAUUGGUUGGGUGACACUGAAUUUUUGUAAUGAUAUUUUUGUUUAUAUUCUUUAUAUAUAUGAAGAGUUUUAUUCAAUUGA